AUGAAAGACUUUGAUUUUGGACCUACCAAGAUCACGCUCCUUCAGUCAUUGGAAAUUCAAGCCAAAACUUUGUUCACUUUUGGGAUCCUGGAGAUGAUAUCACACAUCCACUGCGAGGACGUGUUUGGCAUCGUGGGAGAAAAUUUUACUUUUCCAGUAAAAAUACACCAAAAAAAAGUGGAAGUUAUUUGGAUGAGAAACAAGGAUAAGGUGGCUGAAUGGGAGGGGCAAGACAAACCGAAGUAUUUUACUUCUCUCCGUGACAGAGGCUUGCUUAACGAGGAGAAUGGUGGCUUGACAAUAUUUAAUUUGGAGUACAAUGAUGCUGGAACAUAUGUUUUAGAAUACUUGGAUUCUAUGCAAAAUGAGUUAACCUUCAUACUUUCUGUGUUAGCUCCCCCUUCAGAACCUGAAAUAAGUUGCAACGUCAGUGGUGAUAACCUUGUGUUAAAAUGUGCAGCAGAUUUCGAGAAGCCUCUGAAUUAUGCUUGGAAGUUCAGUAGCAUACACGUCACUGAUCAGACCCAGGAAGUUUUCAUCCGUAAGAAUGAUGUUGAUGCUUCUGAGAAAGCUGAAUGUUUCAUUAAAUUCUCUCAAACGGAAAAAAGCUCUGAAAUCUCUUUGGCUCAAUGCUUUCCAGAUAAAAAAGACAGAUAUAAAAAGGAGAAAGAGAGUUUUCCUGCCAUGGCUAUUGCUUUGGAACAGCCUCAGCUGAGCUUCAGCUAUCAGAAAAGAAGCAGAGAUGGUCUUAUUGCGGCUUUUAUCUUUGUUUCAAUUGUAGGAAUUGGAAUUGUAGGAUUCCUAUACAGAAGAGACAAAGACCUGAACAAGGAGGACAGUGCCUUGAAGGACAAGCAGACAGUUAAAAAUGGUGUAAGCCAGGAAGAAACAGCUCCAGAUCCUGAGAGGAGUGAGGAAGACGUGGAGGCAGGGGCAGACUACAAUGGAGGAAUUGAGGAAUACCGCCUGGGCAGGAGAAAGAUGGUGACUGUGACCAAGCAGGAUGGUUUCAACAAGUGUAAAUCACAGUUGACCAACUUCACAACCUUUUUUUGA